CAAAUGAAGAAGGGCGUUGAGCUCGUUGACAAGUGCUCCAAGGUUCGUCCAUGGAAGUUAAACGCUUUCAAAAAGCCUAUUUACACCAGCAAACUUGUUGCAUUGAAUGCAUCUCUCAAUACACUGUUAAGUGUACUGACAGUGCACAUAAUAAGUGAUACGAGGGCUCGGGUAAUCGAUAUGGCUACAACAUUGAACCAAAUCGAUGCGAAUAUUGUGGCACAAUAUCAAAAUCAAAAUCAAGGUUGGUGUGCAAUACCUGAGCCUCCACCCUUUACUGUUGGAUUGGAUGUGCAUGUGGAGGAGUUGAAGAUGGAGCUUCUUAAAGACGAGGCAUCAAUGCUUGUGGUGACUGGUCUUGGAGGAUGCGGGAAAACCACACUGGCACAAAAGAUUUGCAAAGAUCAGAAAGUCAAAGAAAAAUUCAAAGGCAAUCUCUUUUUCGUCAUUGUUUCAAAGAAGUCCAACUGCCUUGUUUUACAAGAACUAUGUCGAAAAACCGGAUCCCUGGUACCUUCUUUCCAAGAAGAAGCAAUUGCAUUUAACUGGCUGCAAGAAUUUCUGAAUACAACAGGACAAGAUCCCCUACUUUUGGUCCUGGAUGACGUGACGCCGGGAUCAGACUCCCUUCUUGAUAAGCUUGAUGAAUUCAAAAGACCAAAUCACAACAUUUUGGUGACAUCAAGAGUUCAAUUUCCAAGAUUUGGUCCUGCAUAUCUUUUAGGAACAUUGGAACCAGGAGAUGCAAUGACACUUUUUCGUCAUUCAGCAUCCCGGUCUGAUAGGAGCUCUUAUAUACCAGACAAUCUAGCGGAACAGAUAGUACAGCACUGUAAGGGAUUUCCACUUGCCAUUACAACGAUCGGAAGAUCAGUUUGCGAGCAGCCUACAGAGAUCUGGGAGAAAAGAGUAGCGGAAUUGUCUAAAGGCUCUUCUAUUCUUGAUUCUGAGGAUUAUUUGCUUGCUUGCCUCCAAAGUAGCUUAGAUGCCUUGGAUGAACAAAUGCAUGAACGAAUGCCUAUCAUUAAGGAAUGCUUCAUUGACCUUGCUUUAUUUCCUGAACACCGAAGUAUCCCUGCUGUUGCUCUCAUUGAUAUGUGGGCAGAAUUAUAUGGACUGGAUAAGGAUUCUUGGUCCAUUACGAACAUCCACGAGCUUACCAAUCGUAAUUUGGCGAAUCUAGUCACAAGGAAUGGGAAGACGGAGAUCGAUGGCUAUUACAGUGAACACUUUGUUACCCAGCAUGAUAUGCUUAGAAAUCUAGCUAUCCAUCAGAUUGGUCAAGAUGAAAUAGGAAAGGAAAAAAGGCUGAUUAUAGAUAUUUGUAGUGACAAUCUCCCUAAGUGGUGGACAGAACAGAAGAAUAAACCCAAGAAGACCCGCUCAUUAUCUAUCUCAACUGAUGGAUUGUCCUCAGAAAAGUGGCACGACAUGCAUCUACCAAAGGCUGAGGUUCUAGUUCUUAAUUUUCAGACAGAGAACUAUGGUCUGCCAAAGUUCGUGAAGAAAAUGUCCAAGUUGAAGGUUCUAAUAGUCACAAAUUAUGGUGUCUUACAAGCUGACUUGAGUAAUUUCAAGCUUUUGGGUUCUUUGGCUAAUCUGAAGAGAAUAAGAUUAGAACGCAUUUCAAUUCCUUCCAUAAGGAAGAACUCCAUGCAGUUGAAGAGUCUGCAGAAGAUAUCUUUAUUCAUGUGCAGCAUCGGUCAAACUUUUAGCAACUCUUCCAUCCAAAUCUUAGAGGCAUUUCCAAAUCUAGUGGAAUUGAACAUUGACUACUGCGAUGAUUUGGUGGAAUUGCCUGUCAAGAUCUGUGAUCUUAUCCGCCUAAAGAAGCUCAGUAUUACCAAUUGCCAUAAGCUAUCUAGCUUGCCUGAAGAGAUUGGAAAGCUAGAGGGUUUAGAGGUAUUGAGGCUGAGGUCCUGCACAGACUUGGUAAAACUUCCAGGCUCCAUUAAGGACCUCACUAAGUUACACUUGCUUGACAUAUAUAAAUGUUUCAGCAUCAAGGAGUUGCCUGAAGACAUUGGUGAAAUGAGUGGUUUAGAAAAAAUCAACAUAGGACAAUGCUCAAGAUUGCAAGAGUUGCCUGUAUCAGUUUUGAAUCUUGGGGAGUUACGGGAAGUGAUAUGUGAUGAAUACACAGAAAACUUAUGGGGGGAACCUUUCAAAUCCAAUCUCACAAAGACAAAGAUAUCGGUGGUAAAAGAAGACUUCAACCUGAAUUGGCUUCACAAUCUUUGA